AGAACUUAGAUCGUGUUGAUUAUACUGAUUAUAUACGUCAAGCAGUCCUUAGCUGCUCCUUUGUUAUUUAGGAAAUUUUCUUGAGAAAUAAGUUUCUUGAUUUCAUAUUCCUGAGCGCAGUGCGGUUGAAGAAAAAAAAAAUUCAAGCGAGAAAGCUGCACAGCAUUCAGGCAAAUUCUGGUUGGAGAGGAAAUCUGUUCCCAUGAUUAGUGCGCGAGCUUCCCCAGCUAGCCUGUAGGUGGGUGUGUUUAACAGAAGGAAGCAAUGGGGACCGCCUGUCAGCCAGCCUUUCGAGCUAAUUAGCUCAGCAUACAACAAAGAUAAGUGAGCCUGAGAGGAGGGCCCCCUGAGGGGUCUUUAGAUUCUGGGAAAUGUCUGAUUGGCAGAUGUUAAAAGGGAUUCUUUGGUAAUCCAGUGCAUCAAUGAGCUGCACAAAUUCAGUCCAGGACUGCAAGAAUUCAGGCAUGAGGACACUGUGCAGCAGGCUCACACAGACAGACCCGAGAUGGACAGAACCUUGGAAUCUCUGAGACACAUCAUUGCCCAAGUCUUGCCUCACAGAGACCCAGCUCUAGUCUUCAAAGACCUGAACGUUGUGUCAAUGUUACAGGAAUUUUGGGAAAGCAAGCAGCAACAGCGGGCUGCAUUCCCAAGUGAAGGUGUGGUCGUCUAUGAGUCUCUGCCAUCCUCCGGGCCUCCCUUUGUGAGUUAUGUGACGCUCCCAGGGGGAAGCUGUUUUGGCAACUUUCAGUGCUGCUUAAGUAGAGCUGAGGCCAGGCGGGAUGCAGCAAAAGUGGCCCUAAUCAACUCCCUCUUCAAUGAACUGCCUUCUCGAAGGAUCACCAAGGAAUUCAUUAUGGAAAGUGUUCAGGAAGCGGUGGCCUCCACCAGUGGAACUUUAGAUGAUGCAGAUGACCCGAGCACAAGCAUUGGAGCCUAUCACUAUAUGCUGGAGUCAAACAUGGGGAAGACGAUGCUGGAGUUUCAGGAGCUGAUGACCAUUUUCCAACUACUGCACUGGAAUGGAAGUCUAAAAGCCCUUCGUGAAACAAAGUGUUCUCGACAGGAAGUCAUCUCCUAUUAUUCCCAGUAUUCACUAGAUGAAAAGAUGCGCAGCCACAUGGCACUGGACUGGAUCAUGAAGGAGCGGGAGUCACCAGGAAUUCUCUCUCAAGAGCUGCGAAUGGCCCUGAGGCAGUUGGAGGAAGCCAGGAAAGCCGGACAAGAACUACGGUUUUAUAAAGAGAAGAAAGAAAUCCUAAGCUUAGCCCUGACUCAGAUCUACAGUGACCCUGACCCUUCCUCACCCAGUGAUGACCAACUGAGCCUCGCGGCCCUUUUUGGCUACCACUAGCAAGGCCAGGUCCCAGUGCCCCCAAGGACUCUAACCUUAGGAAGCUCUUUGAAGGAACAUCAAUAGCUACUACCUGAAGGCUGUACUAACACCCCCAUCCAUGCCAUUCAUACACCGUGGGAGUGAUAGGACUCAGGCAGAUCCCAAUCUCCCACUUGAUUUAUUUUCUCAUUGCUUUCUCAAAAGCUUCACCUCAGAAGGAAAGACUGAAGACAGGGUUGUUUGAACAAACAUUUUCCAGGGUUAGCUCCAAUCUAAAGCCUAGCUGACAUGUGCCUUGCUAGACUGUGUAUGUUGUUUUAAAGAAUGGACCAAUAUAGCAGCCAAGACCAGGGGAAGUGGUAGGAUAGCAAUUAAAAAAAAAAUACUUGGAAUUAAAUAAACAAUACAGAUUGUUUUUAAAAAUAUAAAGGGUCAGAGUCUCUUUCCAAUCUCUGAAAGCUAAAUGUCAGUUUUUACUACACAAGUCUAUUUCAAGGCAGCAAUGGGAAUGUUUUCUGAACAUUUCGCUAUCAAAAAUCUCAAAGUGGCAACAGUAUGAAAAUCUUAGAUAAAUUUAAUGUGGAUUAAAACACCAUUGUAAUAAUUUUUUGAAACCCCAUUCUUCCAUAGGGGAGGAUAAAUGUCACCUACAGUGGUACUCUUAUUUUUCUUCCUCAAGAAGAAAUAAUAUUCAAUUUCUGAGUCUUGUAAUCAAUCAUAUUUGUUUUUAAUUUGCAAAGAGAUGACUUGAAAUAAUUUGCUUUUAUUUUUGCUACUGCAGACGUAUCUACAAUUGAGAAAAUUAAUCACAUUUUAAAACAUUUUGAAAAAUCAUUAGCAUGUAACAAAGCACUUUUGAUUCCUUUCACAGGACUAGAGAAAUCUUUACCUGUCUUUGUUAUUAAGUACAUAAGAAAUCAGGAGCUCAUGUACAAUAUCAUUAUUAUUAAGUUCACUAGAAUCUUUUUACAAGAGGGAUAAGAUGUUUCCAUCUCUAUCUGACCCAUCUCUAUGAAUCAACCAACCAAUUAGACAAUCAUAGUUAAAUACAAACUAAUUUUCAGAUAGUUCCUGGCCAUUUAGAUUUAAGAAUGACAUCAGUAAUUUUAAAGGUUCAUAGAUAUUUCUAUAUCUGUAACAUGAAAAGGAUUAUUCUGAAUUUAGACAAAAUUCAAAUUAAAGAUUUUUUCAAUUAUAAA